AUGUCAUCUGACACCCCAAGGAUCGAUUACGAUGGUCCCCAAGCGAAUGCGAUUCUAUCCAGGAGCCUAACCCGAUGGCAGACUGCAUUCCACCUUGCAAAAUCGACUCGAGAGUUCCCAGAGAGCAGCUUCAAACUUGAAGCACUCCUUUCCCGGGUGCCCUCGUUGCCAGAUAACAUCCCAAGUAGCUCAACUUGGAUCGAGGGAUAUUCUACCUGGGCAAAUUCUGAUGCCUUAUGUGCCCUCAAGGACAAGAUCGAGAAAACACGCAGAUUCAGCCUUAGAAGUCAGCAUCCUACGACGUGUAGGUUAUCUACUUCAAACAACUUCAAGGUCUGGGAGAGAAACCCUAACAAUGGCAUUGCUCUGCUCGUGUUGGGUUGGGCAUACAUUUUGAGUGCAAGCCUCGCGGAAAAACAGCAGCUUCUCUUAAAAUAUGCGCCACUGGACGAUUAUUCCGGAACAUCGGAGAUCAAUCUCGAUUACGCUUCAGCGCAAGAACUUAGAUGGUGGAAAGCAAUCGUCGCUCCAGGUGUUGGGUGGAAUGUCGCUGGCGAUCGCCCUACGCCCUGGGCGGUUCUAGUCGACAACCUCGAUCUCGAGAUGGCCGGCGAGAUCGAUGUUACGCACCCACCACCAACUGCAAGACAGGCUGCAAAUUACCUUGCGAGACUUUGUGCUGCCUUUGACCUUGGCAACCAAUGCUCCGCAGCGCUGGCUGCAGCCCUCAGCCUCCCUCUCCACCGCAGUACAUCCCCUCUGAAGUCAGUCACGAUUGAGCUUCCGCGUCCAUCAUUGCAGGUCUGUGUCGCAUCUCCCAGUCAGGAUCAGGAUCAGUAUCCGACGGAUUUUAGGCUCAUUGGCUAUUAUAUGACAUUAAGUCUUGCUCCAAGUUACUUUGGAUCUGCAUUGUUCGGUAUCUUCUGGGAACCUGAUGUCCCGUGUAAUUUUACUGGAGCUUGGCUUAGCCCCAUCAGUGAUAUUCUACGCCCUAUUCUCCUGGACAACAGUCUCGAACUUCUUGCCAAAAUCCUAUCUUUUACGAAUGUUGCGCCGUUGUGGCUUGGGGUAGUGCUUUGUGGUCCAGGAGCAAUCAUUAAAAGCAUCAUGCCCUUUCUUGAUCAGCUACGGCCUUAUCCAUAUGCACAGCCCUUUGUCGACGCUGCUGCAUGGACUGGCACCCCUCAAUCUUUCAUGGAUAGCCACCCUACCGGUCCAUACCUUCAGCUCGGGAGAAUAUCCAGAGCUAAUGUCUGGCGUUUGCGUCAUGACUGUCAUAUGAACUACGACGACGACUCAUUCUCGGCCACUCCACUACAUGGAUGGCCGCCCUUUGGAACAAUGGAAGUUGAGGACAUCGAGCUUGAAUUACAUGAUCACCUCAACUGUUCCCAUCAAUGGAGGUAUAAUUACUGGACUUGGUUACCCAAUGGUGUGAGAGACUUUGGAUAUUCGGAGGGUUUGAAGGAUUCCCAAUUGCCCCAGAAUCUACCUCCUCGAAUUGGACUUCAUGAGCCCAAAGAUGGAGAGAGCAAGAUCAACUAUGAUACUUCACGGAUAGCCACAGAAAAAGCUUUUCGGUGGUGUUGCAGUCAGGUUGAGAAAGGGUUUGGCGGAAGUCUUGUGCCAUACUGUCCCGUCGAUGGGGAACUAGAUAGUGCCGAAAGUGAUUCCGGUUCCUCCGUAGAUCGUGAUGCUAUUCAUCAAUGGAGAGAAAAUCUGGAAUGAACCGAAGGGCUUAUCGUUUGGGGGGCGCGAACAUUGAGUGUGAACACUGAAAUCACGGAAAGCAGGGGGCCUAGAGCCGACUCGGAUUUGCGUGCAAAGAUGGCUUAAGCUGGUUGAUAGAAAACAGCUCCAUUUUCAGGUAUUCGCUGCAGGAGUAGCUAUGUGUAAUGCGCCCAUACUUCUGGAUCGAAUAUUUCUAAAAAUCCAGCUUUAGAUCACCUUGCUGACAUCGCAGCGUGCUGGCACGGAACUGAGUCGAGAGAGGCAGUUAGAACUCAUAGAGGAGAUGAAGCGAAGCACUGAGGAUGGAAUUCCUUGUACCUUAAACAGCUACACCUUCAACAAUCGAUAUGCACUUGAGAGUAGAUAUAGAGCAUCUU